AUGUUCGGUCCUGUCCAAACGACCGUGUGCUUGAACGCAGACUGGUCGCUCGUGAACGAAUCCUGUCCGACGUCAGUGCGUGGUGCUUAUUCGCAGCCUGCGCCUGUAUUUGCUCUUGCCUAUGAUCGUUCGCGCACUGCUGCUGCUACUAUACCUGAGGUGCUGUGA